CAGACAAAGCAGGAUGACGUUCAGCGUAGGUAAAGGAAAUGGAAACCACAGAAAUAAAAUGUACAUCAUUGAAGACUAUGAGACAGUAAGAGAAAUGUGUUUAACAGUGUAACUGGAUAAAGGAUUGUCUAUAUAGAUUUUAAGAACAGUUUAUGCUCAAGAUGGAUUGGUUAAACUUGAGAAAUACAGCUUUUCUGUCAAGCAUGUUUAUAGUUUUCAUCCUUCAUGUUAGCAUUGACGCACAAGAUCAAUCCGAACAAUGUCCUGUUUUUAAAGUUGUGAGGGGUGUUGUCCAUAAAGUCUGUUUAAACAAACCUUUGAAGAUCUCCUGCAGUCUGAAGACUUGUGAUGAACAUCCCAUCAAUAUUACAUGGAGUAAAUACGAGCACAUGGUCAAAUGGAUGCCAGUAAAUGAAACAGAUCAAAUUUCAUCUUCAAAGAACCAUUCUGGUUUAAAAUACAUAACUUCAUAUUUAGUUUUCACAAAUAUAUCAAAGCAUCAUGAGGGCCUCUACAGAUGUGAUUUUAAGCUACCACAUAUGUCAGCAUUCAGCCACCAUAUAAACAUCUCAGUCUCAGAUGACAGCAAUGGAACUGAAAUGUCUUGUGAUGAAAUGACAGAAGCAAAAAUCAAUGAUUCAGAUCCAUGGUGGCUGCCUUAUUUAUUUAUCUGUAUGGGAAUAGUGACUCUGAUUUUCUUUGUAAUGCUAAUCUCCAUCCUGUGCAUCAAUGGAUGUAACUGUCUGAAGAAAAAGGAAACAGAAGCAGUGCAGGUUCAGGAUUCAGAUGAAACACUGCGACACAAGCGUGACCUCCUGAGACCUCCUGAACAAUCUACACCAUAUAAAUCAGAUGAUGCAGAUGAUAUACUGUCCACAAAGAAUGAUAAUCCAUCAAGACAGGUUGUCUAUGCAUCUCUAAACCAGUUCAUACCUAAACACUCAUCAACCACAUCCUGGAGGACUGAAACAGAGUUAACAGAAUAUGCAUCUAUCCGAGUAUCAUGAUCAUGUUCUACUUAAGGUCAAGGUAUAUUUGCUAAAGGUUAUACAUAUUAUAUAUUAUAUAAAGAGAUACUUUUGUUUGAUUGUACUGUUUUUGUCAUGCCAUACUGCCAAACAGGGAGUAGGAGACGCUUGCCUUAUAUUCAUAAUGUUUGCAUAACAUCACAUGAUGUUACUUAUCUUGUUACAUCACGGAAAAUGUUGCUGUGAGUUCAGGGUGGUUUCUACAGGUGAAACUAAUACAGAAACUACGGCUGAUGAAACACAUGCACAUCUUUAAAAUUCUUGAAAAGAUAUUUAGUGGCUUAAAAUGCAAUACCUACAUUAAUUAUAAUAGAUAUAUAUCUGUUACAAACUUUUAUUUGUAUCAUUUUGGUCAUUUCCAUGUCUUCGUUCAGAUUUGUGUUUUUAGAUUUGUAAAUAAAUUGUUUAACCUCCUAAGACCCUAGCAUUUUAAAUUUCUUCCAGCUAUUUUGGGGUUAGGAAAAAACAAAUAAAUAUAAUAACCAAAUAUUUUUCUUUGAACAAAAAGCAGUGUAACCGGUUCCAGUUACACAGAAUUAAGUAUUGUGGUGCAAACAACAAAAAAUGUGAUGUGGACAGGUCUUAGGAGGUUAAAGGGAAUAGUUAUUUGAAUAGCAUUUUAUCAGUCAAAAUAUCAUGAAUCACAAACCCCUUUGACAAUAAUUUACUACAAAAAUAGCUGAUAAUGGCUUAUAGUAAAUAUUAAAGAUAGUAUGUCAAGCUGUGAAUGCACUGUAGUAGUGAUGAUGCUGCAAAUUAAAUUUCAUAGAUCAGGUGUCUACAUUAAACACCAUUAGUAUCAAAGUUAUGGCUGCUGGGCAGUAAAGUGUGCACAUGAACAUUUGUUUUGCUGCAGGGAAGUCUGUGGAGAUUAUAUACUAGUUCCUGUAAUGUAGUGGUUAAAAGCUGUGGUCUGGUGACUAAAAUGUUGCAUGUUGACACCUAAAAAAUUCACAGCAACGUGCUCUUAAACAAAACAUUUUUUUUAUACUGAAGGGCGUUGGGUCUCUAUUGUCUAAAACUAGAUGUACUGAAAGUCACAGAAACAUUUUACAAGGCAUCCUUAGCAACCCAGAGAGGGUCAUAAAUGCUUAUAUUGGUACAAGCAGUUAAUAAAUCAAGUCUGGCCAGCUCCGACACUACAGCAUUGCAGAUUAAUGUAAAGCAGAUGUUGGGAACUUUUUCUUAUAAAUAAAUAAUGGCAUCUUUCCAUACGUUUUACCCCUGAUUUAUACUGCACGAGUCACCAGAUGCGCCGCGGCACAUUUCAAAAGCGGCCCAAAAGCGGCUCUCCGUGCUGCUUCGCUAAAGAUAGGCGCCUAGUCUAUUUUUGGCGUGGGCCACGUUAAAGCCGCACCGUAAAUCAAAAUAAAAGUCAAAUAUCCUGUCAAUUUCAAAAUAAACACCCAGUGCAGACUCCUGUAUUUCACAUCAUCUUAUCAAAUACAUAAUUGAGGAUGUGUUAUUGACGAAUAUGCAUAGCUUAAUACUGAAUUUUUUAAUUUAUUCACUUUUUUGACUACAGAACAACAAAAUAGGACAUUGCAAAAUACAAAACAAUAUACAGAAUUAAAACAUUUAGCCAACUUAUCCAUGUUAGAACGCAGAAAAUCAAGAAAAACAAUGUCUGACAGGAAUAUCACAUGAUGACACGGUCCUACUGCUUCUCUUCUGAUCCGCUUUUUGUUUGAGUUGGCACCACGUAGAAGACGAAACAAAGCCACCUCGGAGCUGUAACACACCGCAAACGCUUGCAGUGUAUUUUAGGGGUUAAAGUUCCUGUUUCCUGGCAUACCUGAUUCUCAUUCAUCGUACUACUCUCAGCAAAGACCUGCCCUGUGUCUGAAAUCCCAUACUUCUCUUUAGGAAGUGAGAAUCAGUCUACAAAAUGGGAAAUAUGUCCAAAAUUUCAGAAUAAAUAAAACAGGUUGUGAGAAAUAUUGGAUGGUCCACUGUUUCCCCAGAGAAAAUUCAAAAGGUUAAAAGGUCAAAAACAACUGUAAGUGUAAACAAAUGUUUUCUUCAUAGUUAACUGUGACCCUGUCUGUAAAAUCCAGGUAAAAGUCUCAUAAUCUAAUAAUGAAAUUAGGAUCAUCAAAGUUUGAUAUUUGACUGACCUUACAGUCAGUAUUAAAGACAUCAAGAGAGACUGUCCUAAAAGAAUAAAGACCUCGUAGGUUGUUUGUGCAAGCACCUUAUUACAAUGUAAAUUGACGUAUUAAGGGAUUAGUGUCCUCUAGCACUAGUAGCUUAUACAACCUGUUGUUAUGUUUUAAGGUUUUUGCCUUAUACAUCAGAUUAGACACAUUUAAUUUUAUGAAUUUGUAAAUGUAGAAAUGGUUUCAUAAACAUUUAUGGUUUUAAAGAUAUUUUGGAGGAUCUAACCCCACCCUCACCCUUACCCUAAACCCAACCACUUCUCAACCAUAUAAUACACAACACGCAAGUAACAAACAACAAACAUUGCAAACCUUGCGAAGUGAAGCCAUACGAUUACUUUAUAUGAACUCUGUGAUCAAAACGCACAGUCAGAUCUAAUUUAAACAUAAACCAGCAUGACGUAUUCCGUCACAAGAGCCAAUAGCGCUUCACCUUCUACUGUCAUGAUGCAAUCGGUCACGAGACACACAAGAGCCAAUGACUUUUCACAAGAUGACGUAUCAUUUCUCUUUCUGGCGGCAUUUUUGAAUCAGUGUACACUGGAUCUGAUAUUUACAAUGGAUUGUCAUCACUUUUGCAUCUUUUCUUCAAAUAAAUCAAUCGUUUGACCUCGGUACACUUGGAAUAUUUUAAGUACAUUUUUUAAAAAGUUGUGACUGUUUUGUAUGCUGUGUUUAUAUCAUAUAAUAAAUAAAUGGGUACGUUAUUUGCCCUAAAUGCCUGAAUAGUGUAAUGUGUAAUAAAAUACAAUUAAUCCUGGUGGCUUAAAUAAAAAAUCUAAUCCAGUAAAUGUCAUCAAAGCAAAAUAUGAUUUUAUACCCUAAUAUAUUAAGUUUCACCUGCUGCCAGUAGAGGCGCUAAUAAUGCAUCUAUUAGGUCGUAUUAGUGAAAUGGACAAACGACCAAAGCAAUCGUGUGGGUUGGAGAAUAGGUUGCAGGCUAAGUCACAAAUUAUACUUGUUGAACAACACCUAACUAAAUUAUUUUUGCAGUUGUUGUAAGUACGUCACAGGUGAAUGAACAUAGUGAAUAUAGUAUGUCGGAAGUGUAUGCAUACAGUACUAAGGCUAUGUCCACACGAAGCCGGUGCAUUCCCUAUCCGAUCAUUUUUUUUCCUUGCUCUAAAAAAAUAAUCCGUAAACACUAAACCACUGAAACCGACUGAAAGCAGUGUAGUAUAUAUGCCGGACCAGUAUGGGGCGCUGUAAUUCUGCCACAGAUAUACACUAUACACGGAGAAGAAGACUUUGAGCAUGCGCAGAACCAACGUAUGGUGUUGUCCAUUAUCGCUUGUUGGUCACCACAAUUGCAUAGAAGCAAUAGAUUUUGCUGUAAUAAAGCUGGUAGGCUUUAGUAGCUUCUGUAGCAUGAACACAAUCACGUAGUCCGCCGUUAUUGUUGUUGCUGUUUCGUGUGACGCUUCCGACACGUGAUGUGAUGACGUUUUCGCUUCAUAAAAUAUACGGAUUGGCUGUACAGACGAAACCGCAAGGGUGUCGGUUUCAGAUUUAUCCACUUUAGGACCCGGUUUCAAAAAAUAGCGGAUUCAGUCUCCCAAAACGCCGGAUCCGUGUGGAUGAAACGCCAAUACGAUAACAAAUUUAUGCGUAUACAGUGAUCCGCGUCUCCGUGUGGACAGCCCCUGAAACCAUAGGCUUUUCUAGAACGUACUAAUUCAAGAAGUAGGUGCUAUAUUUAGCACAUGAUUUCAUAUGCAAAGUCUUGGUCAUUGUACACUGUGGGGAAUUUUGAGCUGUGGUUUCCGUGUACUCUGUGUUUGAUCAUUGCCUGUAGGUAUGUAUUUGCUUUGUGCCUCGUGAUUUGGGUUACUGUGUAACAUUUUGUUUACUUUGUUAUUGACCCACUCUUGUAUGUUGAUCUUACUUUGCUGUUAUCAGAUAAAUAGGCAAAUUAAGAGUAAAAUUGUGCAUGCAGGUGUCACGAUCCCAGUCUGUAGGCCUGCCUGUUUUCCCCCUUGUUAUGGACUCCAGUUCCCAGUAUCCCUCACUGUCCCGCAUCUGCUCUUCAUCUGGUAAUCAUCCUAACCUGUCAACCAUUACCCUGAUCAGAUCCAUUAUUUAAAAAGCACAAAUUACCCAAUUCACAAUUUACAUUUCCUUUGGUGUGUUAGUGUGUAUUAAUAGCUGUUAACAAUAUGCAAAAGGUGCAAAUCCCAAACUAAACGAUAAUGCAAAUCAUAUUUCCAGCUGAUGUCAGAGGUAAUCAGGCCAAUUACAAUGUACAGAUUUGCGGGCCAAUCAGAGGACACAAUGCUUUUCAGAUCGAUGAGCUUUGUAACAAAUCGCUUAGGUUAC